AUGGGAAGUGAAUUGGAACGUCAUGGAUUGUUUGUCCUCUACCCUCUGAAAGACAACGCGUCUUGGGAUGUGGACAUUGUGGUUCUUCACGGCUUGGGCGGAGAUCCUUUUACAACAUGGACAGCAGACAACAAGCGAAUGUGGCCGCGGGAUUUCAUCCCAGAGAUCAUUCCUACGGCCAGAAUAAUGACCUUCGGAUAUAACUCGAAAGUCGCGUUCAGCCCUAGUACGGCUGAUAUCAAGGACUUCGCUUUAGAUCUCCUCACAAGGCUACGGAACAAGCGAUGGUCGGCAGAGGAAAUGAACAACCCUAUCUUCUUCAUCUGCCAUUCUCUUGGUGGUAUUGUAUGCAAGCAGGCUCUGCUCUUGGCUCAAAGUCAGCCUUACUAUACCAAUAUUUUCGAGAAGACAUCUUCUAUACUUUUCUUCGGUUGUCCUCACCGAGGAUCACGCGUGGCCAGUUGGGGGACGGUUUUCGCCAACGUUAUCAACACCACCACCUUUCACAAACCGGUCCAGAAAGGCCUCCUCACCAAUUUGUCUUUCAGUUCACAAAUACUGGCUGACAUAUCUACUGCCUUCAAAGAGAUUGCCUCUGAUAUUGACAUUAAGACCUUUUACGAAACGGCAAUCAUGCUCCCUCUCAAGGUGCCUGUCGUGGAAAGAGACUCGGCAAUCCUUGGGUUGCCAACGGAGCAAACCAUUCCGAUAGCUGCAAAUCAUCGAGAGAUGGUAAGGUUUGCGAAUAUCAAUAGUGAGAAAUUUGAUCCAGUUAAAUUCGCUUUGAGGGAGGUUAAAGAAGGCCGGCCACUGGAUGUGAGAGCGGCAAGAGAUGCAUUCAUGUAUCUCGCAAUUGAGCUAAACGUCGCGGACUAUGACCAGCAGCUCAUGAAGAUACCAGACCAGUAUCCAGGGACGUGUGAAUGGCUUCCGAAGCACGCGAGCUUCUGUUCCUGGUAUGACGAAACCGACUCGGACACACUAUGGCUGCGAGGUUACGCUGGCGCAGGAAAAUCCGUGAUGACCAAGUAUAUAAUUGCGAAGGUUCUCCGGGCCCUGUAUAUCUGGUCCCAGAAGCCACCGUUGACGGACAGUGAACAUCACAAAAGCCACGGAGAUUUCCUUGCCUAUUUCUUCUGCAGCGAACGCAAUCGGCAUCUCCAGUCGGAGCGCAAUAUCCUGCGAUCUCUGCUGCAUCAAAUGCUGCUUGCAGCCCCUUUCGAAGUCAACAAAGCUCUCCAAGCAUUUCGCCGACCUUCCGCUGAGUAUACUUUCAUUGCUAGAUCUGCCACCCUAUGGGAUGCGGUCAAGACAGCCAUGAUCGCAACUUCCUGGCAAACGAUUUAUCUUGUGUUCGACGGCCUGGAUGAGAUGGCUUCGGAAAAUUUGGGAAGCUUUGUGAAAGGACUCAAACACCUGAUUGAUUCGGUAGCACCACGGAUAAAACCACGACGAAUAAAACUGCUAUUGACUAGCCGUCCGAUGUCAAGCUUGGAGGCCUUGCUCGAUUGCCCAUCCAUCUCUGUACGAAGUGAAAGAGAUGUGAAGUUCUACGUCCAAGGAAGAACCAACGAGCUAGCACGGAGGUUCGCACUGUCGCACGAGCUUCAGACGGACAUAGUUGAGAAGAUUUGCCAGAAAGCUGGAGGCAUGUUCUUAUGGGCGGUCCUGGCAUGGCACGAGCUAUGUCAUGAAGCAAAUAAGCCAGACGAUUUCUCUCAAAAUCUCGUCAAGGCUCAGAAAUUACCAGCGUCACUGGAGUUUCUGUACGAAGAUAUAAUGAACCGCCUACCCAUCUCUUGCCGAGAGCUUGCGCUCAAGAUUCUAACUUGGCUGGCCCUGUCUGCAAGGCCUUUGCACUCGUGUGAGUUACGGUUUGCCAUCGCAAUGAACCACAAGAGGAGCUAUCAGCAAACUGUCAAUAACAUGAUUUCCGAGCAUCAACUUAGGACCAUCUGCCCUGCUUUGAUCGCCGUUAGCGAUGAUGGCUACGUACAAUUUGUGCAUACUUCAAUCAAGGAAUUUUUCCUUAGAUCAACUACGCCUGCCACAUACAGAGUUGACAUAGUUCAAUCCCAUGCGAAUAUCGCCAUUCAGUCAUUGAGGAUGCUGCACAUGCCUGGUUUCGAUGCCAAGACAGUUCUAAUCAAUCUCACCUCUCACAAAGUUCAUCAACGAGAGGAUAUGCUGGAUCUUCCCACUCUCUACUACUUCUUAUCCUACGCUGCGACGAACUGGCAAUACCAUGCCGGUCUAGCUGGUGAAGAUUUGAGCAUAUGGGAAGCGUUCAAAGACUUUUUGAACGCUCCUGAAAGCGUCAAGUUGUGGCUGAUGCUGGCACUCUACGAUGGUUCGAUCGGAGCCCAGAGGGGAUGGUCGGAGGGGAAGAAUUUCUGGCAAAAUCUCACGAUCCCUCCACGAAUUCAUAUUGCCGUAUAUCUUAGGAAUCAGUUCCUUGUGGCAAGGUUGGUACAAGAUGGUGCUGAUAUCAACGCUGUCAACCGAGGCUGGCGCAACGCAGCCAAGGAAUACCGCAGGCCAAUAAUGUCGGUGGGAGGGACUAUUCUUGACAAUGAUCUCGAACCCCAUCUAGUGGACGCCCUCGUGCGGAUGGGUGCAAAUGUCAAUGCCAACGCCGAGGACGGUCUAAGUGCCAUCACGAGAGCUAUUAAUGAUCGUGAUGAAGAGCGUGUCUCGAUGCUGCUUUCGGCCGUUAGGGAAGCAAGAACACCAUCAAACAGCCUGGGGUACGUCCCAAGUGUUCUGUUUGAAGCAUCAAGUAUGACUAUGCGUAAGGUUGUCAGCGAAAUUUUGGACGAUCCAAGGAUUGAUCCUUGCCACGACAGUGUCUUACAAAAGGACACGAGUAUCCUCGGCACCUGGUAUGCUACGCCCUUGGAGCAUGCAUGUCUUUUCGGGAUGGAGUCGAUUGCCCAACUCAUGAUGGAACACCCUCGUAUGAUCAAAGCCCAGCAAAGGAUUGAAAAAGAGCGUCCAGGCCGCAGCCCGAUAUCGUUGGCUUUUCUUUGUGCCUUGCAAGGUUGGAGUGAACUCACCCUUUUCGCUCUUCAGAACUUCCAGGUCGAUCUAUCAAAGGAGAGGGACGUCAACCGGAGAUCAAUUCUAAUCCAUGCUGUUAUGGAAGAAUGGCAUGAUGUCCUAGAGCAUUGUGUCAAUCACUUGCCCCGGUCUAAGCUCAACAUUCAAGAUAAGAAUGGCAUGACAGCUUUGCAUUAUGCUGGCAAAGUCCGUAAUUGGUAUGCGGCGAAGAGGUUGCUUGAAGCCGGUGCUGAUAGCUAUAUGGAAGACAAUGAAGGUCGCACUCCAGCUCACACAGCUGCAGAAGCAGGAUCUGACCGUGUGCUUCGUAUCAUGCUUGAUAGAGGCACUGUUGACACAGAUGGUGUUGAUCACAAUAAGAGGACUGUCUUGCAUUAUGUGGCGACAUGGAAUCUGAAUGCCAUUGCAGAGACACUCAUUGAUAUAGCUCCAGAUCAGGUGAAAGUUAAAGACCAUCAUGGUCGUACUCCCGUCCACCUUGCGGCACUGUUUGGAUCAACAGCGGUUCUCGCUCAAAUGCUUUCCACAGGUUUGGUCGAUGUGAAUAUACAAGAUAAUCUCGGCAGGACUGCAUUUCAUCUGGCAGUAGAGGGGAAAGUUGAAUCGUGUAUCAACGAGCUUCUAUCCAGGCAGGAAACGGAUCUGAACAUUUUGGACCGCAACUUGAAAUCUCCUCUCGACAUCACAUUAACAUACAGGCAUCCACAAGAAGCUGAGAAUGUCAGAAACCUCCUGGAAGCUGCUGGUUGUAGGCCUGGUCUGUGGCGUCCUCGACGGUCUUAUGGGAAUACCUUGGACGAAGCUGACCCGCGGGACCAAGAAUUGAAUGAAAGCGAAAAUUACCUCGCCCUUAUGCGGAUUGUACCAUAUGAUCCCGAAAUAGCGAGAGCAAAUGAGAAGGAGAACGUAGAAGGAACGAGCAUGAGAGACUCGCCUGCUCAAGAGACGUCCAAAUCACCUACUCAUCCACCCUCGUCAAGAACGGAGCCAGAAGAACAGGCUCGAAACUCUCAUCUGGACACAGAUGAACGUCCUGCCACGCCACCGCAGGCCACUACCGAGACAUCCAGGCGACCUAAGCGCAAAUUCAUCAGGAACCUCUUCAAAAAAGAUACAAUACAUGGCGAUGGGAGAACGAAUUGA